CUGGAGCCCCAGGCGAAGACGCUGAUGUGCCUCUUUCUCAAAUCUGUCAGGUAGGUCGAACUUGCAGUAGUUAUCACCUACAUCUAGCGACGCUUUUCCUGCAUCGGUCCAUAAAGAGGAGCUCAUCAGACACAGUCAUCAUGUUCAUCAUCAACUGGUUCUGGGACGUUCUGGCCCAACUGGGCCUCGCUCACAAAAAUGCAAAAAUUCUGUUCUUGGGUCUCGACAAUGCCGGUAAAACUACGCUUCUGCACAUGCUUAAGAAUGACAGGCUAGCGACGCUGCAGCCGACGCUCCAUCCAACUUCAGAGGAGCUUGCUAUUGGCGCGGUCAAAUUCACGACUUACGACUUGGGCGGACACACUCAGGCACGACGUCUGUGGAAGGACUACUUCCCCGAGGUCGAUGGCAUUGUCUUUAUGGUCGACACGACCGAUACCGAGCGUUUUGGCGAGUCCCGCGCAGAGCUUGACGCGCUUUUGAGCAUCGAGGAGCUCUCCAAGGUCCCAUUCCUCAUUCUCGGAAACAAGAUCGACGCGCCUGGUGCAGUCAGUGAGGAAGAGCUUCGGGGCGCGCUUGGCAUGUACCAGACCACGGGCAAGGGCAAGGUCCCGCUUAAGGACAUUCGCCCGGUCGAGAUCUUCAUGUGCUCAGUCGUUGAGCGCCAAGGGUACGGUGAAGGUUUCAGGUGGAUAUCUCAAUACAUUUGAGCUCAAGCGAACGUGCAGGGCGGCUGCCCUUGACUGGUUCCCCGCUCAGUCACCAACGCGCUGCCAUUUCAAGCUGAUGAAGCUUCGUAAUUCUUCAUUUGGCCACCUUCCACAUAUCACCUUUAGGUCAACUUGCACGCUUUCCAAGCCCUCUUCAUGUCAUAUAGUCCCUUCCGCAAUGUCAUACACGAUGAAAGAGAGGGGAA